UGCUUGCGCCCACGGCGUCGGCCGUCUCCGUCGCGGCCUCGCAGGUGGGCCGGGUCGUCGUCUCGCUCUUCAACCUGCUGCGAGACCCGCAGGCGCAGGAGCCGCUGCGCCGCCUCCCUUCGUCGCCCGGCACCACCUCGCUCUCCCGGCACCACCUCAUCGCCUUCGCAGGUCAGAUAUUAUAAAUGGAUAGCCUUCUUAAGCGGUGGUGGGAUGAAGAGGAGGAAUCUGACGAUGAUGACCUCUUUGUGGUUGGUGCCAUUCUUACUGGAUUGAAGAGGAAGCAGAGCGAGAAGAAAUUCCGUGGCUCGUUGCCGGGUCGGCACAAUGUGCAAAGAGGCAUCCAGGGAGGGCACCAGAGACUUUACUUGGACUACUUCGCGCCCCAGCCUGUGUACAACAAUAAGCACUUCAGGCGGAGGUUUAGGAUGUCCAAGUCCCUCUUCUUGCGGAUAGCAGCGGCUCUAGAGGCUCAUGACGAGUAUUUCAGACAGAGACCGAAUGCGGUUGGGGCUCUUGGCGGCUCUCCCAUUCAGAAGGCAGCUGCAGCUCUCAAAAUGCUUGCCUACGGAGUUCCGGCAGAUUUCUUGGAUGAGUAUGUCAGGUUGGGAGAGAGCACCAUUAUCGAGUGCCUACAGCAUUUUGUCAGAGGAGUUUUUGAUGUCUUUGGUGAGGAGUACCUAAGGGCCCCCAAUGUCCAGGACACACAGAGGUUGAUGGCCAUGAAUACUGCAAGAGGAUUCCCCGGAAUGCUUGGUUCCGUGGAUUGCAUGCAUUGGAGAUGGGAUAAGUGCCCUACAGCGUGGAAAGGGAUGUACACAGGCCACAAGGAAGGCCCUACUAUGAUCCUGGAGGCCGUUGCGUCUCAUGAUCUUUGGAUCUGGCACGCUUUCUUCGGUAUGCCUGGUUCGCUUAAUGACAUCAACGUCUUGCGUCGUUCUGCCCUUUUCGACAGACUCACUUCUGGGACGGCACCUCAGUUGGAAUACACAGUCAAUGGAAACAAGUACACGAUGGGGUACUAUCUCGCUGACGGGAUAUAUCCUACUUGGGCGACAUUUGUCAAAGCUUUCCGAAACCCGCAGGGGAACAAGAAAGUUCACUUCACGGCGGCACAAGAAGCUGCAAGAAAAGAUGUAGAAAGGGCAUUUGGGGUACUCCAGCUAUGGUUUGCUAUGAUACGGGGGCCUGCGAGAAUGUGGAGUAAGGAGGACAUAUGGUACAUCAUGCAGGCUUGUGUCCUCCUUCACAACAUGAUCAUUGAAGAUGAGAGAGAGGACGAGGAUGACUUCAACUACAAUCAGAAAGGUACUGUUACCAAGGUGUUGGACCCUAAGGACUACGAGCAUCGUGAUCCGCAGCUGUUGGAGGAGUUCCUCAAGAUGCAUCAAGAGAUCGAGGAUAAAUCGACACAUGAGCAGCUCCGAAACGAUCUCGUCGAGCAUUUGUGGGCGAUCCAUAGUUCUAGGUAGUUGAGGUAUUCAAGGUUUUAUGGCAUUUAAGUCUCUGAUGAUCCAUGUGUACAGACUUAAAGAGGUUUUAUGGCAUUAAUGAGAAGACAUUUCAUGUUCUGAGCAGCAUCAUUCUGUAUCCAUUUUUCUGUGCUGUUGUGUUCUUCUUGCUAUCCUGCAUUGUCAAAUGAUGAGUAUUAAACUACAACAAUAUGAUGGAGUUAUACUCCUUUGAUUCUGCAACAAUAUGAUGAUCCUUUGUUGAA